GGACUGGCGGUGUCGCGUCCGUGCGUAAGCGACCCAGGACGUGGCAGAGCACAACAAAGUCCGUCAAAAUGGGACUCUGUAAAUGCGCGAAAAAGACUAUAACAAAUCAGUUCUGCUUUGAACACAGGGUCAAUGUCUGCGAGCACUGUAUUGUUGAUGAACAUCCGACAUGUGUGGUUCAGUCCUAUCUAAAGUGGUUAGAUGACAGCGAUUACAAUCCAGUGUGUCGGAUAUGUGAUGACCAGUUGGCUGCAGGGGAUUGCAUACGUCUCGUGUGUUAUGAUGUCUUUCAUAAGGAGUGCUUAAAUGACUGGGCCAGCCGCAUGGCUCCAAACACAGCCCCUGCAGGAUACAAGUGUCCAGUAUGUUCCUCGCCUGUAUUUCCCGCCCCAAAUUUAGUGUCACCAGUUGCUGAUCGUCUACGAGAGAUGAUUUCCAUCUAUCCCUGGGCACAGACUGGCCUAGGCUUGCCUUUGAUUAAAGAAACACAAAAUGAGGGAACAUACCAUCAAGAUUGGAGUGCUGUCAAUGGUAGUGUCAUCUCUGAGUCUGAGAAUCACGACAGUGCCAUUGUUGACACCACCUUAUUGGCAAAUAAGAUGCCGAAGACGGAAACAUUUAGACCGCAGACUCAGGUUCAUUCCCAAGGACUAAGCAGCAAUACCAGUGCUGUGAGUGGAAGUAGCAACAAUAGUGUCCGUGUCACAUCCAUGGAAGAUCCUCUAGUCACUCCUUCACAGUAUAGAGGUGAAGGCCAUAGUAAUAUAAGUAGUGUUGUACGUAAAGGCUCUUCCUCAGAGACACGCCUCUUAUUUAACACUGAUGGUGACGCUGAUGAUGAGGAAAACAAGUAUAAGAGAAGAUCAGCUAUUGAAUGGUUUAGCAGGUGGUGGAGAACAAUGAGCCGUCCAUCAUCACGACACCACCAAAGGCUGCUUGGAGGAAGUCGACGAAUGGUCAUGAUCCUUGUCCUAUUGGCUGGUGCCACCCUACUUGUGAUCCUGUCCUACUUUAGCCAUGGAGCAUCUGAUGACGAUCCUCUCUUAGAUCCAUUCAAUAACCCAAAUAUUCGUAUUGAGGGAGAGUAAGUUUGUAGCUGGUGGUGGUUUUCUGAAUGCAGAAGUGUAGGUAUACUAAAACUACACCUCUGUUAGGACAAUUAUUAGCCAAAAGUGUCCUUUCAGUACUAAAAUUUGUAUGAUUUUUAGUUGCUGUUAUAUGAUAAAACAGAAAAAAAAAUUGUAACCAUAGACCCACUUUUUUUUUUUUUUUUUUUGGGGGGGGGGGGCUUCAUAGACAUAAUUUCUUUUAACCCAACAUGAAAUUUUCUUGGACAAAAGAGGCACAAAUUUAUAUGUGGGUCUAUUUGCUGGCCAUUCAUUCCAUGUGAUUGGUAAUAACAAGUAGGAUGGCUUUCAUAUUUGAUUUAUGUACAUUCAUAUUCUUUUCUCUUAAAUUUUGUUUGGGAGUUUUCACAUCCCUUUGAGGGCAGAAAUUUAUUGUUUGAAAUGUAACUAUGCAGCUUUUCGUGGGAAAAUAAACCCACAAGCAAUCUUCCAGAAAAUGUUUCCUUUUUGGAAGUAAAUUUCACUAAUUGUUUUUUUAGAGACAGUUGCUAUGAUUAACAAAGUUUCCUGAUAUAUUUUAUUAGAUGUAUCCUUAAACUACUGUAUAAAUUGCAUUGGUUUUAUUGUUGAGUUAUAUUUUGGUCAAUGUGUUGUUUUUAUUUAAUGUCAAUGGAGAUAAGUUAAUAAUGAUUAUAUUGUUUUGUGCUUAUUAUUGGUAGAUCUGAUAAGUCUCUUAUUUUUAUUUUGAAAUUGGACAGAACAAUAUAAGGAAAACUAUUACUCAAACAUUAUUACAUACAAAAUAGAAAAAUAUUAAAAGUGAAAUAUUUGCAGGGACCAGGGGAUUAAUCUUUUUUUUCCCUUUUAAUGUUUUACAUUAGAAAGGUAGGUAUUGGUGUGGAACCAGCUAUGAUUUGAAGAAAGUGUUCUCUGACAUUGGUCCAGUUGUGGCUCAUGUUCCACAAAGCACAUAUAUGAUAAUGCCAGUUCCUUCAGGAAAUGUUGGCCAAAAAUAUACUUUGGGGAUCUUGCAUAAUUUUUUGCUGAAGUUUUGCUUAGAUUUUUUUUUUAAUGUAUGCAAGAUAGAGAGAGAGAGAGGGGGAAAGAGAGGGAGGAAGGGUAAUUUUUUCCCAUUACUAAGAUAAAAAGCAAAGAUACAAUAUUGUAAUAGUAACAAAUGCCGGGGAAACAUAACAUUGUAUAUUAGCUCUAAUGAAUAAUAGUUUCAGUGAAUAUGGAUAACAACAAAAAUUAAAUUUAUUGACAUGAUUUGCAGAAGACUUUGUGUGGUACCUGUCAGAAAAAUCACCAGAUUACACCCUGAAACAAUAUUUCAUAAGCAAUUUACAUCAGAAAGGGUUGUCACUCCUUUUUGUUUGUCCAAUUCCACCUAAGUUCAUUAAUUUUCAGAUGAAUUUAAUUUAUAUAUAUAUAUAUAUAUAUAUAUAUAUAUAUAUAUAUAUAUAUAUCAAUAUAGAGUCUCUACAUACAACAAAUCCUAGCUCUCCAAAAGAAUUUACCAAAGAAUUUGGAUUGAAUAGACCAUUAGAGAGGUUUCUGAGACAUUGCAUUAUUUUGGCACAUAUAUAAUGCUAGAAAAUACAUGAAAGCCAUACAUCGAAGUCAUACAGAUAUAUUUUCAUUUUUUAAGAAUAAUGCAUUCAUUCCUUGGAUGGUUGGUACAAUAGAAGCAAGAACUUUGGGUGCUUUUCUCUCCCCAUUGGAACCAAAUCCCUAAUAUUUAUUUGUGAACGAAUGAAGAAGUAAUAAGGGAGUGGCUUGAUGAAUGUUGAAUUGCAAUUCAAGCAGACAUAUCCCCAGUUGAAAACCUGUGCAAUUAGCUAAAAGGCAAAUUAUGUAAUCAUGAAUCCACCUCUAUCCCAGGCUUCAGGUAGUGAUUGCAGAAGUGUGGAUUGACCUUUAGAAGAAACACCUGAAAAAUUGUGCUUUGUCUGUACAAAACUGCACAUUAAAUAACAUGUGAAAACGAGUCUUAGAUAUGAAUAAGUACAUGUAAACAAAUAUUUAAAGUGCUUUUGAUUGGCACUUGAAAGUUGCUCAUUCCUCAGGAAGUGCCCACAGUUGUUGCUUAUGCUGUACUUUAUCCAAAUUGUCUCUUCUUUUUUUCCUCUUUUUGUGUCCUGCUUUUUUUUUUUUUUUUUUUUUUCUUUUAUUUCUUUCCUUCCCUGUUUCAUAUCCCUAGAAGUUGUCAUCUCUACGUCGGAUAUUUCAUCAGAUCAAAAAAAUAAUGACCGUGAUGGUCUUUAGUGCAAGCCUUUACAAUAUAUAGUUUAUUGCAUCUUUGUAAAUAUUUUUAAAAAGUAUCUUUUGGGAUAUAAAACAUGCACAUAUGAAUACACUGAAAGGUUUGUUAUAGGAAAAAUUUGGAACCUGCAAGAGUGUUGGCAUUAUGAGUGUGGUUAGAUUUUUUAACAGAAAGAAUGUAAAGGCUGUUCCGUUAUUUAUAAUAUGGAGUAAAGUUUUUUUUUCAGUGCAAUAGUUAGGUUAUCAGAAGAAUUCAACAAGUAUUAUAGCUACAUACUUGUGAUUAAGUUGUUGAUCAUUCAAUAUUCAUCCUUGUUACUUUUUAAUGAAAAUUCAGUUACACUUAAUUUUUUUAUGAAUGUGUCUGAAUGUGUGUGUGCUUAGGUUUCAUCUCAUCUAUUUAUUUUUAAUUGCAAUAACUUCUAUAGAAAAAUUAUUGCUUGAAUAUUUAUAUAAUUAUUUGUUUUGAUAUCAUUUUCCCUAAAAGUAUUUUUAUGUGAAGUGCAUGUACAUAAUAAUUUUGGUAGCAUGACAGUUCAUCUUUCACAGAAGAAAAAGAGUUAUGACAGUUUUAAGUAUAGAAUAGACUAAACUGUCUGAUAUGUGGGGUUUCUUUCAUCUUAUCCAAUUAUCUAUGUAUAUAUUGUAUCAAAAAAAAAAUAGUGUUCCAGAAGAUAUACAAAACUAUUUAAUGAAAUAUAUGUUUUAAGGUUUA